AUGCCUUCUUCGCACCGUCAUAGUCUGGGUGGAGAAAAGGAUGGCGUACCUCCUCACCUGCUGGACGAAACUCCGAUUGCGCGAGGCGUGCAUUCCCCAUCCAACAGCGACGAUGAGGAGCACGCUGUGAGACGUGGCUCUCGCAAGCAAUCCGUCGUGGCAUCUCUCAAGGCUAAUUAUGGACUGGCCGAAACACCUAGCUAUCCCGGCAGCGUUCAAGUGGGAUAUGAUAGCACCCAUCGGAAGUUGAAGCCCCGACAUAUUCAACUGAUAGGUAUUGGGGGGACGAUUGGCACGGCUCUGUACGUGCAGAUUGGGCGAGGAUUGCUCAAUGGAGGGCCUGGGAGUUUGUUUCUGGCCUUUACCAUCUGGUAA